AUGUUUUGUAAUUUCUUUCCUCUCCGUUUCCCACUCAGCGAAAGUAGCAGUCUUUGGAUCCUCCAUUUUUCUCUCUCUAAAAAGAUGCCCUUUUUUUUUCACUCUCUCACUAAAAGCCUUUAUAUAUUCUUUUAUGAGAACUUUCCUAUUUCUUUAUGCCUUUCUGAUUCUCUGCAAACCCCCCCCUUUUUUUUUUCUUUGCGGUUCACUGAAUUGAGCUAUCUUUAGAACCCAAAUGUCAUAAUCUUUUUUUUUUUCCUGUGAAAUUUCAUGAAAGUUGUUGCUUUUUUUAGUUUUUUUAUUUCAUAACGAUGUCAUUUCACUGUUGAAGAUUUGCCUUUUUUUUCUUUGAAAGAGGUUAACAAUGAAGUCUUCAACUCAGCUUGACUCAGCUGUGUUCCAACUCACACCAACUCGAACCAGGUUUGAAUUGGUGAUAUCUGCAAAUGGGAAGUCAGAGAAAAUGGCUUCAGGUUUGCUUAAUCCAUUCCUUACCCAUUUGAAGAUUGCACAAGAUCAGAUUUCCAAAGGGGGUUAUUCGAUUAUCCUUCAACCGGAACCUGGUAUCGAUGCCACUUGGUUCACAAAAGGAACCAUGGAAAGGUUUGUUCGAUUUGUGAGUACUCCGGAGAUCUUGGAACGCGUGUACACUGUUGAAUUAGAAAUUUUGCAGAUUGAAGAGGCGAUUGCAAUUCAAAGCAACAACAAUAUAGGAUUGAGUGCUGCUGCUGAAGAGCAUCACUUAAAAUCUUCAGAAAGCAUAGAAGGCAAAAGGGCUACACUGGAUUCCAAUGAGGAGAAAGCCAUCAUUCUUUACGCGGCUGGAGCACGGCCACCCUUAGCGAAUGGGUCUGCUGUACAGGAAGAAAAUCCGAAAGUUCAACUUUUGAAAGUCCUCGAGACGAGGAAGAAAGCACUGCAGAAAGAGCAAGGUAUGGCUUUUGCACGUGCUGCAGCUGCUGGUUUUAGCAUUGAUGACAUGGCACCUUUGAUGUCAUUUUCUGAACGUUUCGGAGCCUCUCGUUUGAGGGAUGCUUGUGUAGAGUUUACUGAAUUAUGGAAAAGAAAGCAUGAAACCGGUCAGUGGCUUGAAAUUGAAGCAAUGUCUAGUCGAGCUGAUUUCUCUGCUAUGAAAGAGCUCAAGCAAGCAUGGCCCGUGAUUUCAGAAAACAACAGAAAAGCCGGUAUUGAAUCAAAUGAGAAGCCUCCCAUGGAUCAACAGACCCCGGGCCGGCAAGAAUAUUCACAGGCCCAAUUUCCGCAUCCCCUGUUUCCUCCCUUGCCUAUCCAUUCUCGACCAGGUGGUAUUCCAACCUUUCAAGGAUAUGCUAUGCAAGGCAUGUCCUACUAUCCACACUAUCCCGGAAGUAGUCCGUUCUUUCAACAACCUUAUCCAUCAAUGGAGGAUCCGAGCCACAAUGUUGGUCAAAGAAUACAGAGACGGCAUUCUAUGGAUAGCCAGAAUGGAUCAGAAGCUUGGAAGCUGGAGAGAACAAAACCUCAAGAUGAUGUGGAGUCGGAGAAUGAAACUUCAGUUAGUCCAAAAUCAAGAAAAAAGCGUAGCAGUUCGGGUAAAAGACAAUCUGGAAUGGUGGUCAUUCGGAACAUCAAUUAUAUCACUUCAAAGAAGCAAAACUCGUCAGAUAGUGACUCACAUUCCGGCCCUGAAAUGGACGAGGAAGAUGGAAAUUCAGUGCAGAAGAACUCUCUAAGAUCCUCAAAGGGGAAAAGAAUUCAAGCGAAGCCUGUUGAUACGGAAGAAAUGGUUUCCGGGAAGGAGACAGACAGUGGACACUGGCAAGCAUUUCAAAAUUAUUUGCUGAAAGGUGCUGAAGAGGAAGAACGUAGAGCGAACCAACGCAUUUUUUCGGCAGAAAAGGAGGUUCAAGGAAAGAGAAUACCGAAUAGAGUGAGUGAAGACCCUGUAGUUUUCGGUGGACAAGAAAUGGGUCAAUACGAAGAAAGGAACAUGACCGACAUGCAUAAAACUAGUGCAAGUAGCGGUCGCAUGCUUAAAGCGUCAUCAGAUCAGUCUUUAACUUCGAUAAAAGGUGGUCGCUCAGCUGAUGAUAGGAAUUCCGUUGAUGGUUCACAUUAUACGGAAAUAGAGGGUAGGAGGGUGAAUAGGAGUUCCAUGAAUGACGAGUUUAUAGUAAAUCGACAACAAAAUACGAAUUCCCCGUCAGAUCGAUUGGCUGCUAACUGGUUUGAACGGUCAUCGAACAAUAUUAAUGAUGAUUCCUACAUAGUUCCUUUCAGGUCAACUUCAGUCCCUCGAGUUGGAACUGAUGAUCGCAAUGCCAUUAGUAUGGAUUCCGAAUUCUCGUUGUCACUUCGGAAAUCAGGAACUGCAUCUAACAGGGUCAGAAGCCAAGUCAACUGCAAAACAGAUGAUUUGACUUUGAUGCCUGAGCGGGGAAUGGAAAUUGGGUCGAUUGGUUAUGAUCCUGCCUUAGAUUAUAAAAUCCAGGUUGAUGCUGAAUAUGCUACUUCCCUAGAUAAGAAAAAGAAAGAGGGCAUGAAAGAGUCGACUUCGGAAAUCCGGAAAUCGAAACUUGUUGCAAAUCCUUCCUAUAAAAAGAAGACUGUAGGACCGAUAAGGAAGGGAAAGCCUUCGAAAACAAGUCCUUUAGACGAAGCGAAAGCCCGAGCUGAGAGCCUAAGAACAUAUAAAGCUGAUCUUCAGAAAAUGAAGAAGGAAAAAGAAGAGGCGGAGAUUAAACGACUCGAAGCAUUGAAGAUGGAAAGACAAAAGAGAAUUGCAGCUAGAAGUAGUUCCAAUGCAGCUCAGCCGUCUAUGGCCAUGCAAAACAAGAAGCAGUUGCCGUUGAAAAUUUCCCCCAGCUCUCAUAAGGGAUCGAAGUUCACGGAUGCUGAGCCUGGAUUGUCGUCGCCACUACAAAGAUCUAUCCGGAUUACUCCUGUGGUAUCGCCUGCUUCUCUUAAAACCCCCAAACCGAGCAAAUUGAACAAUGGAACGAACUCCGGUGGAAAUAGAUUAAGCAAGUCGGUUCCAUCAUUGCCUGUACAGAAGAAAGACAUCGGCAGUGUAACACCUGAUGCAAAGGUAUCCAUGGCAAGGAUUAGGAGAUUAUCAGAGCCGAAAGUAAGUAGCAGCGCACGUGUUUCUUCGGUGAAGUCACGGAACUCAGAACCAUCACCCAAAAGAAAAGCAUUUCGAGGGCCUGAAAGCAGAAAAAUAUCAGCAAUUGUGAACCAUGAUAAGAGUAAGAUCGUAUCCCUUCCAGAGCUUAAAAUUAAAACAACUAAAGCCCCCAAUAUAACCCACAGCAAUUCCGGAGGAAAGGGGACUCAGAAGGUGAAUAGAAGUGUAUCUUCUACCACCAAUGUUACUGAACUGUGUAAGAACCUGGACAAAGUUUCGUUCAACAUUGAUGGGGAUGACAGUACGGUAAUUGAAAAAACCAUUGUGAUGCUUGAACAAGAGAAGCCCUCUGUUCCCACAGUGAACUCAUCAGAAGGUACUGCAGCAAGACAGAAGGGAAAUGACAUAGGGAGGAAAACCAAGGAGGUGGCAGAUUUUCCCUCCACUCGUGCACCAGUUUCUUCACUGAAUGCCGGGUCACUUGAUCAUGAACACCGGACACAACAAAGAUCACGAGCUUAUGAGGUGCAAAAGGUUAAUGUGAGUAACACCGAAAAGGAACCAUCGAAGUUAACAAGUUCUAGUGUUACCGAAAAACCUUAUCAAGCCCCUUUAGCUCGGGUCUCUUCUUCAGAAGAUUCAUGCAGUGAAGUUUCAGAUCAUGCAAUAGCACCUCCAACUAGAUUGCAAGCUGCAGCGAAAGAGUCCGAGAGUGUUAGAGCUCGUGUAGUUGAUUCAAAGAACUUGAAACUAGAAAAGAUUCCUGAAGUGCCGGAUAAGCAUCAAGUAAAGGAGUCACCCAAAGGGUUUCGGCGGCUGUUAAAGUUCGGAAGAAAGAAUCAUAGCUCAGCUACAAGUGAACAUCGCAUUGAAUCAGAUAGUGUUAGUGUUAAUGAUUCUCCAGCUGAUGAGUUUGUCACAAACCGCACCUCUACUAGUGAAGUUCAUACGUUGAAGAACCUAAUCUCUCAGAAUGAAAACCCGACAGCUAGCCAUACACCGAAAAAGUCUGCUCGCUCAUUUUCCCUAUUGUCACCAUUCAAAAGCAAGACCAGUGAGAAGAAGUUGACAGCUUGAUGAUGACAGGUGAACCGGAAGUGUCUCAAUUGUCUCGUUUAUAUCGAUUUCCAACGGAAGUUCCUUAAGUAGACACAAUGUUAAACCGAACUGGUUCUUAGCAAGUGACAUCCCAGCAUGAUUUUAUGUACCGUCUGUCGUAGCCAUGGAUUUCUGCCAUUGUUUUACUGUAAAUGAGAGAAUGCCUUUGAUUUUAUCCCAUUACCUCACAAGUCACAACCAAACCAAACAUGAAACUAUCAAAACCCGAAGCUGUCCAAACCCACCCAAUUGCCACAAGAAUGGCAGUUCGCCAAAUUAAUUCCAUUUUAACAGCAAUUAAGUUGUACAUCGUCCCGUUACUUUUGUACCUACUUUUAUAAUAAAAAAGUUGCCUUUUAUGUAUAA